CUAAGUUUUCCACUAAACCGAAAAUAAAUGAACCGAAUUUGAACCUGACCCAAAAUUUCAGACAAGUCAAAGUCUCUCCUCUCUCAACCUCGGCAUCAUCAUUUACCUACGGACAUAAGAAAUGGGUUUUAAUUCGAUCGGUCUCUCGAUGUAAUGAUUCAAACAUAAACAUUUAAUCUAUUGCAUGGUUCAAUCUCUGUAAAUCUGUCCAUGUGAUGCUUCCUAUUAUAUUCUAAACACCCAUUUACCUGCUUCAUCUUCUUCAUCACCGCUCUCUCUUCCCCGCUUUUAUUCACAUUAUAUACAUAACGCGAAUCAUCCAUCCAAAGCCACCUUCUCCUCUCUAAUCCUCCUAUCAUCGCGUGAUUAAGGAGACAACCGUACGGUAACUGUAGAACUACAAUGCCUAUGGCUUUUCCUGCGGCCAAGAUGGUGGUGGUUACGGCGGAUCCGCCGCCGUCGAGCCCCCGCAUUUCCUUCUCCGCCGAUUUUUCCGGCGACGACGAGGACAGCGACUUCAUCUGCAUCAGUCCUGUUGUGGGCAAGGGGGAAAAGGACAAGGGUCAAGCGAAAGCCGCCGACUUUGAGUUCCUGUCGGAAAAUGUGAACUCGGGUCAAACCAUGCUGACCGCCGACGAGCUCUUCAGCGAAGGGAAGUUGCUUCCUUAUUGGCAGAUUCAGCACUCGGAGAAGCUAAAGAGAGUGACUAUCAAUACGAAAGGAGAGGAAGAACGAGCUGGUGAAGUGAAAGAUCACGCGGAGACAAACAAGGAUCAGGAGAACAGAGUGAACUGGUUUCUUGACGACGACCCGUCUCCGCGUCCGCCGACAUGCACGGUGCUCUGGAAGGAGCUUCUACGGCUGAAGAAGCAGAGGGCUCGAGCGUCGUCUCUGUCGCCGUCGUCAUCGUCUUCAUCCACGUCAUCAUCAUCGAGCUCUCUGGGGGAGGCAGCGAGGAAGGAGGAGAGGGAGAAGGAAGGGAAGAGAGCGAAGAAAGGGUUGGAGAGAACGAGGUCGACGAGCACGAGGAUAAGGCCAAUGAUCAAUGUCCCUAUAUGUUCUCAUCCCAAGACGUCUUCCUCUGCAUUGCCUCCUCUGUUUCCGCUUUCUCUGAAGAAAGGAAGAGUAGAGAGACACGUUUAAGUCUCCUUCUCCUUGUCUCUGUUCUUGUCAUCUCCUUCAUUUGUUCAGAUCAUUGAGCGUUUUCCGUCUUUGUUUCUGUAUCUAUUUCUCUGCCCGAGUUUGUGAUUAAGCUUUGAUUAGCAGACACACCUCUCUCUCUCUCUCU